AUGCAGCCGUUCCAGUACCUGUACAUCGGCGAGAUCUUCCCCUUUAUCCAGCGGUCGAAGGGCGUCGCUGUGAUGCAGAUGUCUGUGCGGAUCGCGUCGGUCUUCAACCAGUUUGUCAACCCCAUUGGGAUGGAGAAUGCGGGGUGGAAGUUCUUUCUUGCGUAUGUGGUUUGGUUGGCGGUGGAGACGGCCACGGUGUACUUUAUCUUUCCAGAGACGCAGGGCCCGACUCUUGAGGAGAUUGCCCUUGUUAUUGAGGGCGAUCAGGCGGCGGUUGAGGUGGUGGAUUCGAAUGCGAAGGGGGUUGUUGUUGAGGAAAGGGAGAGGGUUUAG